AUGACGCGAAAUGUCGCUGAAGCUGCCUACAAUGAAGAUUGGUGGAGGGUUCGACUCCUGGUUGAAGAAGGAGAGAACGUGAAUGAUGUGACAGGCCGGAGAUUUUUUACAGCUUUACACUUUGCCGCCUUGCGUGGAAAGGCAGAUAUCUGUUCAUUCUUACUGUCACGAGGUGCGAACGUCACUAUGGCAGAUAUUAAUGGAGAUACGCCACUUCAUAUCGCUGCUGAUUUGCAUCGUGCCGAUGUCUGUCAACUGUUAGUUGAUUACAAAGCUGAUGUUACAUUUGUCAACAGAAAAGGUGAAACUCCUCUUCUCAAAGCUUUAUGUCGUAUGUAUUAUCGUUUUGCAUUGAAUGAAUAUGGACAAACACCACUACAUACAGCAGCUGGUGGAGAGAAAGACUGUCCUGAAUUGUGUUCUAUUUUACUAAAACAUGAUGCGAAGAUUGAUGCAGUGGAUAAAGAUGGAAACCAACCACUACACUUGGCAUGUAAACGACGUCAUACAAGUACAAGUCGUUUCUUGCUUUCCCAUGGAGCAGUUGUAAAUGCAUCGAAUGAAUAUGGACAAACACCACUACAUACAGCAGCUGGUGGAGAGAAAGACUGUCCAGAAUUGUGUUCUAUUUUACUAAAACAUGAUGCGAAGAUUGAUGCAGUGGAUAAACAGCUGAUGGAGAGAGAGACUCUCCUGAAUUAUGGAAACCAACCACUACGUUUAGCAUGGAAGCAAUGGCAUGCUGCAACUGUACGCUUAUUGUUAUCUCAUGGUGCUGAUGUAACUGUUCUAAACAAGCAACAGAGAAAACCUUUACAUUUGGCAAAUGAGUCAGUAUUGAAAUCUUAUGAUUCUUUUGGAGCGAAUGCAAAUGCUAGGACUAAAGAUGGAGAAACACUACUACAUACAGCAGCUGGUGGAGAGAACGACUGUCCUGAAUUGUGUUCUAUGUUACUAAAACAUAAUGCCAAGAUUGAUGCAGUGGAUAGAGAUGGAAAUCAACCACUACACUUGGCAUGUAAACGAGGUCAUACAAGAAAAAGUCUUUUCUUGCUUUCCUGUGGAGCAGAUGGAAGUGCAUUGAAUGAAUAUGGACAAACACCACUACAUACAGCAGCUGGUGGAAAGAAAGACUCUCCUGAAUUGUUUCAAUACCUGUUGGACUGCAAUGCUGAUGUGUUUUCUAAAAAUAAUUUUCAUCAAACUGUUCUUCAUAAGGCAGUUUGUAGCAAAAGAGAUUGUUUUGAGGUUUGUGAGAUGCUCAUAGCAAAGGGAUCGCCAGUGAAUGUUACAGAUAGCAAUGGACACACAUCUCUACAGCUUGCAUGUCAGAAAGGACAUAUGACGACAGCUGACGUGUUAGUUAAAAGUGAUGCUGAUUGCAAUGUAUUGAAUGUGUUUGGUGAGACGUUACUGCACUUGGCUUGUAAGAGUCGUGUUGAAUGUGUUGAGUUGUGUGAUAAGUUGAUAUCACAUGGAGUGAACCCUCAUGUAGCUGACAGAGAAGGAAACUUACCCUUGCAUGUUGCUUUGAAGAGCAGACUUAGCAAAACAUUCUGCUAUUUGUUUCAAAAGUGCAUGUUGCUUUGAAGAGCAGACUUAGCAAAACAUUCUGCUAUUUGUUUCAAAAGUCGGGUGAUGCUGUAUUAGAUGACUUACAGAAGGCGAAUAUUGAUAAAGAAGAUCUUAUGGCCAUUGUUAGUAGUGCUCAUGAAGCUGACGACAUCGACACUUGUCGUCAUAUUUUUGAAUUUAGUGUUAAGUUAGACCCUUCGAGUAGAUUGUGUCUGAGAGAAGCAAACUGUCACACUACAAUAGGAUACUCACUCAUUCAGAGAGCAGUCAAACGGCAGGAUAUUACAUUUUGUCAGCAUUUGAUUGCUCAUGGAGCAUCU